AUGGCGAAUGCUAUUGGACUCGCCGUUAGAGGGCUUACUAUGAUACCUCUCCUCGAUGAAGCAUUUCCAAACAAGAUUGCCAAGACCACGGUGGGAAAUAUUCCUGGGAUUCAACUAUUCGAUGUUGCAGGACGAUUGGUAUCGGAUAUGGAAGGUAGCAGCAAAAAUAAUAUUGCUGACGGCAGCUGGGAAGAUAUCAAGCUUCCAGCCAGUGAUGAUUUGGGAGGUAGACAAGCUCAGUAUAUAUCUGCUGUAUCUGGAGGCAAUGAUGCUAUCUGUAUCUCUUAUAUUACUGUUACUUGGCCAGAUAGCCUGAAGGAAUCUUGGAUGGGUGACUGGGGAUAUUUAUGUGGUGGACCAUGGUACCCGGCUCAUACAAUCUCUAAUGUUCAAGGUGACUAUAAGCCAGAAUUUACGUGA